ACAACACAUCCCGCGUUAUUGAUUAGUUUGGUGCAGCGUUCGCCUGUCCUUUUAUAGCUAACCAGGCAGUUAGUUAGUCAUUCGACAAAUCUACUCUCAUCUAAAUAUGACGUCUAUUCUCAAUCCAGUCAUCCGCAAGGAAUACAGCGAGCUCAAGAGACCCGAUCUCAGAGGCAAAUUCAUCUGUGCGUCCUGUGGACAACACUUCCAACACAAUGCCUCCCUCAACCGUCAUCGUCGACUAUUGCACGGAAACGAGCACACAUGCAUGAUGUGUGAUCGGAAACUCAACGCAAAGGAGACGAUCCGAGAUCACAUGAGAAAUGAGCACAAUCUGUUCCAAGUAUUCACUUGUGGGUGCUGUAACUGGUCGUUCUCCAGCAAGAGACAACUCUCGGAGCACACGAAGUGCAUUCAGGGAACUGGAGCUCCAGGAGACACCAUUCCAAUCGCCAAGUCCUGCAAUGCACCAGGAUCACUUAUUCAAUCGACAAUCCAAGGAACUCCUCCAGUGGUGAAAACCGGUCGCAAACGUGGAGGCUCGUUGUCGUCGUCAUCAUCCGUCUCCACGUCCAUCUCUUCCCGUGAUGUCUCCGGAUCCCCUCCGCCAACUGAAGAAGAAGCCGAGCGCAAGGUGCUAUUUGACAACGCCGUCGACACUAUUCUACAGAGCAAGUUCUUCACUUAUCAGCAAAUCACUGAAGUCGACACUUGGAUCAAAAUCAUUGAAAAUGCAAAUACUUUAGCGGAUACACUCCAGAGAAUUAAUAAAACUAAGAAGAUCAAAGCAGAAAUGCCAGCCGACAAGGACGUGAAGCGUUUCAAGCUGGAAGUUGAGUAAUUUUUGAAAAUUUGCCGCAAAGUGAUUUUAAUAUGUAUACUUUCCCUGUUUUGAAUUUCAAAUCCCAUUGAACUAUACUACAUCUUUAAUAACUUUAAAGCAAUAUUCCGUGUCUCUAUUUUGUCGAUACUAUCUCAUUCGGUUUAAUAAUAAAUUAUGUGUACUUCUUACUUUCAUAUAUAUAU